AUGGUUAAGAAAAAGAGACAAAGCGAUCCUGGAGAGAAUGGCGACGAAUCUACGGAAUCUUGCGACGAGAACGUCAAAUCCGCAUGUCCUCAUGUUGCUAAAGCCGUUGACCUGACUCAGCUGAAGAAGGCGCUGAAAACUGGUGGUUUCCAAAAGGACUGCUCUGAGUGCAAGAAAACGCCUAAAAUUGAGGUUCCUGACCCCGACUAUGAGGAAGAUCUUUCUUUGUGGAUGUGCUUGCGUUGUGGUUCGCAGUUGUGUGGUCGAACGCGCAAUAAGCACGCAUUGAAUCACUUCCAGACUCCGCGCUCUGACUGCCAUGCACUCACAGCCAAUACCACAACCUGGGACAUCUACUGUUACAACUGCAGCAAUGAAGUUACAGCCUCAAGUGCUAAGAAGCUCCAUGAAUGCGUAGAAUACCUAAAGAAACAGGCUAUUGGAGGUGGGAAUACUAAAUCACUCCCUCCAAUAGAACUGCCUUAUAUUCAGGACUCUAAAACUGACAUAGCAACUGUAGAAACUAUAAUUAAAAUUGACCCAUUAUCAAAAGGAAAAGACAAAGCCAUGUUUAAUGGGUUACCGAGGGUCCGAGGACUUACUAACUUAGGAAACACAUGCUUUUUUAAUUCAGUCAUGCAAUGUUUGGUACAAACACCAUACUUAUUGCAAGUUCUACAGGAGAUGGCUAAUCCAGGGGAGAGGUUUACAUUGCCUGGUGGAAAGUUGAAGUUGAAACCUGAUGGUGAUGAUGGCAAGGAGGUGGAGCUGCCUCCAAUAACAGGCCAGCUGGCUGAGUGGGGAUCAUUAACUCGCACACUAGCUGAGACUCUGAGUGAACUACAGGCAGGAGAAGGUGGUGUAUACACGCCUAGGAAGCUCCUGUCUGCGCUGGUGAACAAGCUACCGCAGUUUGGUGGUGGCGACCAGCAUGAUGCCCAUGAGCUGCUCAGGCAUCUCCUAGAGGCUGUCAGGUCAGAGGACCUUCGUCGUUAUCAGUCAGUGAUACUGAGCAGCCUUGGUAUGAACUCCAAGGUCGACCCAGCGAAGGUCGACGGCGAGGUCAAACAGAAGGUCAAAUUCUACGGACAACAGGCAUCUGACACGAUGCUGAGACCAGAACAGGUGUUCCGUGGCUUCCUAGUAUCGACCUUGGAAUGUCAAGAAUGUCUUCAUCAGUCAGACAGGGCAGAAUACUUCCUUGACCUGUCACUACCGGUUGCUGCCAGUCGUCCACAGCCCCCAGCAGUUGUCCGCAGGAAAACACCAAACGAAGAGAAUGUUUACAAUGCACAAGAGGAGAAACCUUCCAAACAUCAGCUGAAGAAGGAGCGGAUAGCUGCGCGCAAAGCCGCCAGGAAGAACAAAGGUAACUCAACGUCCAAAGAUGAGCCAUCCGGAGACACUAACGGCACUGCCAAAGCGGACGGUAAGUCAUCGUCGGAGCAAUCUGAUGCCGACGUGGAGGACAACCUGGAGGACAUGCCCCGCCAGCCCGACACCCACACUGUGUCGGUGGGCACGCAGGCCAUCGCCCACACCGCCGCCAACUUCGCCGCCUACCACAUGGAGUCAGGGUACAACUCCGAGAAGGUGAUCAGCUCCGACUCCAUCCGCACCAGUCCUGUCGACAUGGACAAGGAGAAGGCAGACAACACCCCCGAGCAUGUCGACAAGGACAAGGUUGAGUUCGCCGACCACUCCACCUCGACCACUGCGAUCCCUCUCGAAUACAAACCUCUAAUGUCACUGGAGAACCUCUCCAACCCCGACUCCGGCGUCGCCAGCCCGGAGGCUACGAAACACAACUCUACAGAAACUGUUGACAACGUCGACUCUCCCACUAACGGCAAAGAGCUCGGCAGUCAUAGUUCGCUCUCCAGCGAAAUUAACCUGGACCUGUCAAGUCCGCAACACAACAAACUGUCCCCCGUGAAAACAGAGUUCGAGAGGCCAGUGUCGCGAAUAUCAUUUGUGCCCGAGUACUCCAACGAGGUCGUGUCCCGCGGCAUCAGUGUGCAGGGAUGUCGCAGUGUGCUCGAACACAGCGGAGAGAGUAGCUACGAGUCCCUGCCCGAGAGCAAGACAUUCAAUGACCUGAACAAUCACUUGGACAAACUGAAUUUGUACAAUUUAGAGGAUUCUAAGACCAAGAAGCCCGCGUUACCAUCACCCGUCACAGUGGAGGCACCCGUGGAGCCUCCGCCACCCGCGCCUAAACCCAAAGUUAACAACAUCGAAGCCGAGAAGAAUCAGAGGGACUUCAUGCCUUACUCACGACAGAGUCCACUAUCACCGCGCUAUGUUUGCGAUGAAGAUGAAUGCAGCAUUCAGUCGUGUCUGAGUCAGUUCACCGCGCUGGAACUACUGACCGGGAACAACAAGGUCGGCUGCGAGACCUGCACCGAGCGGAUCAACGGCAAAGACGGCAAGACUGUAUACACUAACGCUACGAAGCGAUUCCUAGUAUCGAGUCCGCCUGCCAUAUUGAUCCUGCACCUGAAGCGGUUCCAGAUCGGACCGCGCUGCAUGUUCCGCAAGAUGUCGAAGCACGUGGACUUCCCCACCGUGCUGGACCUGGCGCCCUUCUGCGCCAUGGACAAGGUGCGCAAGCUGCCCAACGUGGCGCGCAACCAGACCGCGCUGCUGUACUCGCUGUACGGCGUGGUGGAGCACUCGGGCGGCAUGCACGGCGGGCACUACGUGGCCUACGUCAAGGUGCGCGGCCGCGUGCGCGCCGGGGACCCGCGCUGGUGGUUCCUGCCCAAGGGCGGCAACAGCGCGCCCGCCGCCGCGGCCGGGGACGCGGAGCGGGACUCCGACUCCGAGCUGUCGGGCUACGAGUCGGGCGAGGGCGCGUCGGCGGCGGAGCCCCCGCCGGGCAAGUGGUACUACGUGUCGGACAGCAUGGUGUCGGAGGUCAGCGAGGAGAAGGUGCUGAGGGCGCAGGCCUACCUGCUGUUCUACGAGAGGAUCGUAUAA